AUGCUCAAGUGUAAAAAUGAACUUUCAAUUAUUAACAAGCAUUUACAAAAGUACGACUCUAAAUUAGAUUCAUCAAGUUUAACUAGCAAUUCUAAAAAUAAGAAUGUCAAGCUUCCCAUAUUAAAACUAGAACCAUUUGAUGGAAAACCGGAAAACUGGGUAUCAUUUAUAGAAAAUUUCAAUUGUACUGUUAACUAUAAUGAGGAUUUAUCUAACAUUCAAAAAAUGACCUACCUACGUAACUUACUUCAAGGACCAGCUCAAGCAUCUAUAACUGGACUUGCCUUGACAAAUGAAAAUUAUGAAACUGCAUUCGAUGUUCUUAAACGUAGAUAUGACAAUAAACAAGCCCUCAUUUCAUCCCACAUGCGUAAACUUUUAUCAUUGGAAAGGAUCAAUAGUAUAAAUAGAAUUGAAAUGUUAAGAAAAUUUUUUGUCAGUUUAGAAAUACAAGUUAGAAGCCUUGAAAAUUUAGGUAUCAGUAGUAAUAUGUAUGGACCCCUACUCAUUCCAAUAAUCUUAGAAAAAAUUCCAGAAGAACUGACUUUAAUAAUCAACCAUCAAUAUAAUAACAAUGAUAACUGGGAUGUUAAAUCUAUUAUUGAUUUUUUAACAAAUGAAUUAUCUGCACGAGAACAAACCUUAACUAACUCAUUUAAUAAAUCAGAACAAUUUUUUACUGCUGAAACGCUUCACACUGGUACAAAUAACAGAGAGCCAUAUCAAACUUAUCCAUCCAAUUCAUUCAACAGAGGAUCACAUCAUAAUUUAAGACGAAAUAAUUUAGACAAAGGUUCCUAUUUUAAAAGAAAUACUCCAAGAGAUCUUCAUAAAUUGAACAAAUGCCUUUUUUGUGAACAGCCUCACAAAUCACAAAACUGCCGAUCAAUAACGAACAUUCAAUCCAGAAAGAAAAUUAUCAGUGAUAAAAAACUUUGUUUCAAAUGCUUAGAAAGUGGACAUAUAAGUAAACAAUGCUUAUCUAGAAUAAAAUGCUUUAAAUGCGGUCGACAUCAUCAUUCUGCACUAUGUAUUGAUACGCAGAACUUUAACUUACAAAAUCAAGCUGUUGGACAAUUGACUUCAAUUGCAGAGGCUACUUCUGAAGGGUAUCAAUCUAUUUUACUGCAGACUGCAUCUGCUCAAGUUUUUGACAACAAUGCCAAGUUACAUAGUUGUAGGAUCCUCUUUGAUAAUUACUCACAGUUAAGUUAUUUAUCUCCCAAUUUACAUAAGAAAUUAAAACUUCGAACACUGGAAGUUUUGGAUAAAGUUGAACUACCAGUUAAAUGUUUAUUUGGUCGCACAAUACAAAUAAUUUGCUAUGUAAAAGAAAUAUGUUCCCCUCUCAAUGGUCAGUAUAUUAGUGAAGCGAAGCAGAAGUCUAGGCACUUAAAUAGACUUAGGUUAGCAGACUAUAAUUUGAAUGGUGAUGACAAGAUCAUUAGAGAAUAUAAAGAUAGUCAUCCUAUUGCAUUGAAAUCUCAGCUGGGUUUUUUACUCAGUGGUCCUAUUUACAUUGAUAAACUGAAUAACAAUGAAUCAGGUUGUAAUGUCAACACAACUCAUGUCAUGUUAGUUGAUUCAACGAAUUCAAAAUCAUUGGUGAAAGAUUCCAUGGCAUUCAUCUGGGGCAUAGGAGAAUUUGAAAAUUCCCAAUUUGAUAUCAUUGACAAUUUUCGACACACUAUUAACUACAAUGAGGCCCAAAAGCAAUACAGUGUCCGACUACCAUUUAAAGAAAAUCACUUUCCUAUUUGUGAUAAUUACAGUUUAUGCAUUAACCGAUUGAAAUACUUGCAGAAAAGACUAAGCAAAGACAAAAGACUCCUACAAUCAUAUAACGACAUUAUAAAAGAUCAAUCUUUACAAGGAAUUAUUGAACCAGUACAUUAUUUACCACAUCGACCUGUUUUGAGAAGUGAUAAAAUUACUAGUAAAGUGAGAAUUGUGUUUGACGCUAGUAGCGCAGCAGAGGGCCCAUCAUUAAAUGAAUGUCUUUCUGCAGAACCUUCAUUGACAACUUCCCUCUAUGGUGUUUUAUUACGUUCUCAAAAGAUAGCUUACAUAGCGGAUAUAGAAAAAGCUUUUUUACAGAUAGCAUUACCACCCUUGGAUCGUGAUUAUGUACGAUUCUUAUGGUUUAAAGAUCUUAAUGGCAUUAAUUCAAGUAACAUUUAUACAAAAGAAAUAAUUUCGUACAGACUUUGUAGAGUAUUAUUUGAUGUUACAUCAUCCCCGUUCCUUCUCUCUGCAACACUAAAAAAACAUGCUGAGCGAUACAUAGACAGCGAUCCAAAUUUUGUUUAUAAACUCAUGAACACAUUACAUGUAGAUAACCUUAACGCAGGAGCUAAUUCCAUAUAUGCAGCAUUUCAAUUUUAUCAAAAGUGUAAAUAUCACCUACAAGAAGCAGGUUUCAAUUUAAGGAAAUUUGAAUCAAACUGUAAAGACUUGGAAAAUUUAGUAAAUGAACAAAGCUUUAAAUCUCACAACACUACUAAAGUAUUAGGUUUGAAUUGGAACAAGGAAAAAGACAUUUUAACAUUUGAUCUAGCAAAAGUGUUAACUGAAAUGAAAGCUAACCCAACAAAAAGAGAUAUACUUCGAUUCAUAGCUAGCAUCUUCGAUCCACUUGGUAUCAUAAAUCCAGUAGUAGUACGUUUAAAGAUCUUCUUUCAAGAAGUAUGCUCAAGUAAGGUAGAAUGGGAUACUAAGCUAGAAGACAUUAUAUGUUGGACUGACUCCACUAUCGCUUUACAUUGGAUAAAUAACACUAAAAAAGUUUAUCAUACCUUUAUACAAAAACGUGUACGUAAAAUUCGAGAAGAUUUUGAUAUUACCCAUUGGAAAUAUGUAGACUCUCGUAAUAACCCAGCAGAUAUAGCUUCAAGAGGUACAGACAUAGUAGGUUUACGAAAUUGUAAACAUUGGUUUAAUGGACCUUUGUUCCUAUGUAACAACCUCAAUGAUUGGCCAAAAUUUGAUCUAGUAAAUCAACCUAUGAAUAUUGUAGAAGAAAUAUUAACUAAUAUUGUUGCAAGUGACACUUCUAUUAAUUUAAAUAUGGUUGACAUUAAAAAGCUUAAUAGCUAUACCCUUUUGAUACGCGUUACAGCUUUAGUAUUACGGUUCAUUAGAAACCUCAAAAAGAAGAAAGCUAAAAAAAGUUUAAAACUAUCUCCUCUAGAUUCCUCAGAAAUUGAUUAUGCUUUAAAAAUUUGGAUACAAUAUACCCAACAAACUAUCACCAGUACAAAGAACUAUAAACAAAUCCAACGUGAUCUAAACCUACGUAAGGUUGAUGGUAUCAUACGUUGCUAUGGGCGUCUAGAAAAUGCCCCAAUCCCAUCAGAUAUGAAGUACCCCAUCUUCUUGCCACGCGAUUCAGAGUUUACUGAUUUAGUUAUUUACUACCAUCACUCGAUAGUCAUGUAUAACGGUGUAAAAGAAACAUUAAACCAGCUACGCACUGAAUCUUGUGUUUGUAGUUUACGACGGUUUAUAGCAAAACGAGGAGCAUCUGUGGAAAUUACUUCCGACAAUGGCUCACAUUUAAUCUCUAAAGUCACUCAAGACUUUAUAUCAUCUCGUGGAAUAUCAUGGCAUUUCAACCCUCCCGCUGCACCGUUAUGGGGAGGAUACUUCGAAAGACUUGUUGCUCCAACAAAACGCUGUCUCCGCAAAGUAAUAGCAAAUGCACGCCUUACCUAUGAAGAGCUUUUAACUAUAUUAGCCGAAGUUGAAGCUGUCGUCAACAAUCGCCCGAUCACAUUUACAUACAAUAAACCUGGAGACACCCCAUUGACGCCAAAUCAUUUAUUAUAUGGGAGGACAUUAAACUUUUUAGCAAUUGAAGAUGACAAUAUAGAAUAUAACUUAAAUGCACGCAGCGCAUACAUUAGUAACGUUCUAAAUCACUAUUGGAAGCGAUGGAGAGAUGAAUAUGUUACUGAGCUAAGAGAAUAUCACAAACAUAUUAAAUGGAAAGGGAACAAAUCAAAUUGCAAUAAACGACGUGGUAUUAAUACACGAUCCUAA